UACGUCAUACAGUUGAAUCGUGAUCGGCGUCGCCGACUCUCGUCUUUUUAACGCUAAAUAACAAGUUUUACACACAAAAUAAACACUUAUCUAAAACUGUGGACAUAUUUGUGACUUUGUGCUCCCUUGGGGCCCAUUUAUGUAUUGUGUAUGAACAAAAUGGACGGGUAAACCAGUGCAGUGACAAAUACUAUUUUUAGAUCGCCAAAGGCGCGGUAACUGUAUUUCGUGUUAUAAAUCCUAAAGAGUACGUCAGAGACAUUCAUAAUUGUUGAUAUAUUGCGCUUCAGUAAUAUACAAUUGGAGAAUAACAGUUUAAAUUGUUAAAUUAAACAUUAAUUUGGUAUUGUGCCGCCUAAACAAGUUUGACAUUUCAAUUUCCAUGUAAACACACAUUGACAGCUUGCAUGUGUGCGUAGUGAUGUGAAAUUCUUGCGUUUAUCGAUUAGGUACCAAGAUAAUUUCAAGGACACUGUAUGAUAACUAAACUUUAGCUCUACGACUAUGGAUUCUAUUUUGGAUGGUAAAAGCACAGACACUCGCGAUUCGACUGGCUCGAAUCCGCUGUACAUAGCUGAUAAUUUAGACCUACCAGACGACACAUUUCGUAUGAGUUUAAACUACAUAUCUAUUGUCGGCGAGAAUGUUACUAUCGGGGAGCGCAAUUCUUCAAUUGAUACGGUCAAAGUACCAUCAACGCUAGGAGAACCUAUGACACCGUGUACGCCUUUGAUAGACCCAAUAACACCUUCGUUGCCUCUGGAAGGCCUCAUGACACCAUGUAACACUCCUGUGGCUGGCCCAGUAACACCCGAAAAGCCUAUGGAAGGCAUCAUACCGUCUACAACAGAAAAUAUACCCUCUACCUCGACUGUAGAGGGCACAGACAUACUUAAAAGUAGUACAGAGAAACAGGAACCAUCCAAACUUAACUCGGACGUUCUGAAACCACCUGUAGAGCGGGAAAACUCGGAGACGCCACCACGUGCUCGUUCCCCGCCAAUUUUAGAUACUCCAAAGCGCUGCGAAGACAAACAUAACUUACUAAAACUGUCCUUGACUAAAACAAUAGACGAUGGCUUCGUCAAACCAUCGCCUGUAUCAGAGGCCAUGUCUCCUGCAAAAAUGCUUCAAUUCGAAGUAGAUUAUGCACACAGCUCCACACCGACUAUGAAAAGAGCGAUAAUAGAUUUCGAUUUGCUGGAUAAAAACAAAAAUAAGGACUACUUUGACGAUGAAACUAAGCAAAUGAUGGACGAAAGUGGCGGGAAUGUUCCAUAUAAAGAAACACCUGUUAUUGUAAAAGCUGACACUGUGCGACAUGAAAUAGGGUAUGUGAAUCUGAAUGGUGCUACCAAAGUGGAUAUUACACAUUUCGACCUGCUCAAAGUCCUUGGAACGGGAGCGUACGGCAAGGUGUUCCUGGUGAAGAAGCGAUGUGGCAUCGACGAGGGGAAACUCUAUGCGAUGAAGGUGCUGAAGAAGGCUUCGAUAGUGCAGAAGUUGAAGACGGCGGAGCACACGCGGACGGAGAGACAGGUCUUGGAGGCGGUUCGCGCUUGUCCGUUCCUGGUGACGCUGCACUACGCGUUCCAAACGGACGCCAAGCUGCAUCUCAUACUAGACUACGUGGCCGGAGGCGAGCUGUUCACGCACCUGUACCAACGGGAGCAUUUCCAGGAGAGUGAAGUCAGGAUAUACAUCGCAGAGAUCAUCCUGGCGUUGGAGCAGUUGCAUAGGCUCGGCAUCAUCUACCGCGACAUCAAGCUGGAGAACAUUCUCCUGGACGCCGAAGGCCACAUAGUGCUGACCGACUUCGGCCUCUCCAAGGAGUUCUGCGGGGGGGAGAACAGAGCGUACAGCUUCUGCGGAACCAUCGAGUAUAUGGCGCCCGAGGUGGUGCGCAGCGGCAGCCAGGGGCACGAUAUCGCCGUGGACUGGUGGUCAGUCGGAGUGCUCACCUACGAGCUGCUCACCGGAGCCUCGCCCUUCACAGUGGAGGGAGAGAAGAACACCCAGCAGGAGAUCACCAAGAGGAUAGUGAGGUGCUCCUACCCCGUGCCCAACGACGUCAGCCCGGAGGUCCAGGACUUCAUCAAGAGACUGCUGGUGAAGGACCCGCGGCGGCGUCUCGGCGGUGGUGAGGGUGAUGCUGAGGAGCUGAAGAGGCAUCCGUUCUUCCAGAACCUCGACUGGAAGGCGGUAGAACGGCGCGAGGUGCCCGCUCCCUUCGUCCCUCCCCUCUCCCACGCGGCCGACACGUGCAACUUCGCCGACGAGUUCACCAAGAUGCCGCCCACUGACUCGCCGGCGCACGCGCCCAAACACCACGACAAGCUGUUCCUGGGCUACUCCUAUGUGGCACCAAGUAUACUGUUCUCCGAGAAUGUGAUAUCGGACCAGUUCUGGAUGCAAGCGACCGCCGAGCUGAAAGACAACCUCAAAGGAUGGGUGGCAAAGGACUCGCCCUUCUUCCAAAAGUACGCGGUGGAUCUCAGCUCGCCGACGCUCGGGGACGGCUCGUACGCGGUCUGCCGGAAGUGCAUAGAGCGAGACACCGGCAGGGAGUUUGCAGUCAAGAUAAUAUCUACCCAGAAGAAGGACGUGCGACUCGAAGUGGAAUUGCUGAGGCUGUGCCAGGGAUGUCCCUUCGUCGUCACGCUCCACGAGGUCAUACAUGACACGGCGUUCACGUACAUUGUGACGGAGCUGGUAUCUGGCGGCGAGCUGUCACGAGCGCUGCUCGCUUCACCAGCUGGCAUCGGCGAGCGAGCCGCGCGCCGGCUGAUGGCGCAGCUGGCGUUCGCCGUGCGCCACAUGCACGCGCGCCGCGUUGUCCACCGCGACAUCAAGCCCGAGAACAUCCUGCUGACGAGUUCGCGGGUGACGGAGGCUCGUGUUAAGGUGGUGGACUUUGGGUUCGCCCGCCGCCUGCCGGAUGAGGACCGCGCGCGCAUGAUGACGCCGUGCUUCAGUCUGCCGUACGCGGCUCCCGAAGUGGUUUCUCGCGCGCGCGGCGGCGGCGCGGGCUACGGCGCCGCCUGCGACAUGUGGAGCUUGGGCGUUAUAUUCUACUGGAUGCUGUGCGGGCGGGCGCCGUUCGAGCCGACGUCCAAGCGCGAGCCGGUCACCGCGUUCAUGGACCGCAUUAGGGCCGGCAGCUUCAGUGUCGACGGUCCCGGCUGGGAGAACAUCAGCUCCGCCACCAAGCGGUUGGUGACCGGGCUGCUGGCCGUGGAGCCCUCGCAGCGGCUGACCGUCAGCGAGCUGCUGGCGGCGCUGGGGCUCACCAGCGAGGAGGAGCACAACUUCAGACUGGCGGAUAUGACCAAAGCGGAGUUGUACAAGCGGCGUUACAAAAACAAGCAGCGACUAUCUACCGGAUCCGAACCUGGGACCUCACAGACGGAAGACAAGGAGGUAUCCCUACUCGAUACAAUUAGCAACCUGACAAGUCGACUCAACAAUAAGAACUCUAUAGACAAUGAUGUAGAACUCAUCAACGCUACCAUGAAGUCACCAGAAGAUAUGGAGGAUGACGAUAUACCAUCGGUGAAACCCGUCGAGAAGACAUACGGUAAGAACCGGUCUAAGCUAGAUGAUUAUAUCUAUAUAGAGAGCAGCCAAGGCCUAGAAGGUACCGAGGUUGCGUUCCCGAAGACGACUAGGAAAACUAAAUCUAAAUCACCGGUCCCGAGUAAAAGAAGGAAGAUUGAUACACGGUCAUCGAAGAAGAAUACCCCGGAGAAGAGUCCGGUCAAACGGGGUAGAGGACGACCAAGGAAAGUUCCAGAGGAGAAGAACACUAAUGAGUCGAUAGAGAAUGAUAAGACAAUUGUUACCCGAGCCACCAGAAAACGGAAACACGAAGAGACCGUGACUCCGGUGCUGAGAGAGAAAGGACAGAACGGGAGACAGAGUAGAAAGAGCAGCGAAGUAGAGAAACGUAAGGUGGUCAAAGCGAAACGGAACAUACCAAAACCGGAGCCAGAAACUCAGAAUGUUAGAAUCACCAGAUCGAGACGGAGAAGAAUGGAGAUCUCACUAUCACCGUCUGAGAUCAAGAAUGUAGUACCAAAUCUAUCUAUCGAGUCGGACAGACGAGUCAAGUCCGUAGAGAGUACCAAAUCAACCAAAAAUAAGAAGAUAAAAAAGACGAAACCCAAAGCCAAGAAGAACCCCGUCCGUGUGACCCGCGCUAGAAACAGAAGGUGAAUACGUUCCUAAGUGUUGCUAGCAGUAAAAACUAUGUGCAGUGUUGCUAGCGAUGACAAGACAAAUAGUGAUUUGCUUCGUCUAGUGUAGUGAAAGAAAUUAUUUAUUCAAAGAGUAAGUUAUAUACACUAUAGCGUUCCGAGUUCUAAAAUUUUUCGUUUUCGUCUUCGAUGAGUUAAUUUUUCUUUACCAUUAGUGAUAAUUUUUUGGUUAUUUAGAUAUUUAAAUGUAGCUUAAUGAGUGGGUGAGAAAUUUUAUGAGUUUUUGUCUCAAUUUAGUUCAAUGGCGCUUACGGAUGAUCAGCGAUUUAGUUGUUAGUUAAGGCUUGCGUUCUUUUCUGGUUUAAAAAUCCUAUGUCAAAUAUUAUCUGAUUAGAUAAAAAAAAACAGAUGGCUCAUGGCGCUUAGCCAGGCUGCUUACGUGCACAGGCAGGCGUGCGUCAGAUAAAGAAAUGGCGGCCCUGCUCAUAAAAUUUAUAAUAAAAUGGGACGCGUUUUAGUCAACUUAUAAACAAUUAUUCGUACAUUAUUAUAUUUAAUGGAAACAUACAGUGCUCAAAAUAUGUAUGGUAGAUGAUCUAAAAAUUAUAAAAAAUGUGUUCAGUUAUAAAAUAGUGUGUAGAUAAUUUAUUAAUUUCUAAAUUCUUCUAUUAUGGCUGCAUAAUACAAAAUGUUUUAUGCAGCCUUGUGAUGCACAAAUGCAGGCUACCGUAGACAUAAUAAGUCUUACUGUAGACAACUGCGCAAAUCAUAGUGUCAAUAGUGGUUUUCUUUUAUGGCUAGAGAUGGUCAAAUGCCCAUAGACUUCCUGUAAAAACAUCUAUAUACAUAGAUAAAUGGCCAUUAGCGCCAAAAAUUCCCAGGCGUUUCUCCAUUAAGUCGGGUUUACCUUCCUGACGCUAUAACUCUAGAACGCACGAACCGAUUUCCACAGUUUU